AUGGAGGAACAGUGCUUGGAAAGUUCCCUAAGUAUAAGCCUUGAUGAGCUGCAAGUAGCUAAGACAUCCGUAGACACGUGCGACACUAUGGAUGACGAGAUAGACUGUGCAACCGACCAAUCGAUAAUCGAGUCGCUAUCUAAAAGCAUUGGCUUCCAGCGUAUCGAUAUCGUCCUCGAUCAUCGUCAACAGGUGUAUUACAGCGGGCAGCAGGUUUCGGGGCAUAUUUACUUGGACAUUACCGAACCGGUCCACGCUCUGGGAAUUAGACUUAAGUACAAGGGGGAAGCACAGGUGUAUUUCACCGAUCGAUCGGCCGGGAUCCGACGUAAGUUUUCGGCGUUCGAGAACUACCUGUACGUGCAGACUUAUCUCGCGGGCGAUGGUAAAGAAAAGUCGAUGAUAACCGGCGGCGUCUACCCGUUCAGCCUGACGCUUCCAGAAAACCUGCCAUGCAGCUUCGAGGGCCGAUAUGGGCGAGUACGGUACUCGAUUAGAGCAUUGUUGGACGUAACGACCAUUUAUCGGUUUUCCACCAAUAUUAUUCCAUUCACGGUGGCUCCUAUUCUUGACCUUAAUCGAGAUCCUCUUUCUCCCAACUGGUGGUGGCCAAAUUUACCAAUACACGUUCAACAGUCGAAGGUGUACAUCGGGCAGACAGAACCGCUAAGUAUAUCCAUGUGUCUUCCGGUUCAUGGUUACGUUCCAGGACAAACGAUACCGAUACAGAUUAUCCUGACAAAUCCGGCAACGGUCGUGGUUAAGAAAAUCAGAAUUAUUUUUAAAAAAGUGGUGACCUACCAUUCCACGGAAAAGUCGCGUAAGCAUAAAGAGAUCGUAGUAGAAAUAGAACAGCCACUUAAUAGAGAAUCCAACACGCACGACGUCACGUUCGACGUUCCUGCAGUACCACCCACGGGGAUGAUCCACUGCAACAUCAUCGACGUUCUGUACACCCUUAAAGUCGAGUCUUGUGUAGACGUGAGCGAGUGGUACUACAGAAUGUUUCAAAAGAAUUUGAAGCUUCGAACAAAUAUAGUGGUUGGCACGGUACCACUCCAAAAUUACGAGGUCCCGCAAAAAACGGUGGACACGACGGAAGCUUUUUCAGUUCAUCCACCGUGUACAACGACCACCGAGGAACACGCCAACAACGCGUCACCGUUGAAAAACAUCGAGAGGGAGGAGACUGCGAAGCCACGUUUGUCUUUGCCGCUCUACGAGAAAAGUCAGAUAUAUCGAUCCUCGAAACCGGACAGAGACGAUCCCACGGGAGAUGAUGGCGACAGCGACGGCGAGGUCAAACCAUAUUCGCCUAUGUAUCGCGUGUACACCUUCAAAUCCUCCCGAAAGAAGGAUAAUUAUAAUUAG